AUGCCUUCUGCCUUGACAGCUUUGAGAAUUCAUGUGUUACAAUAUCUCUCUGACCUCGAGGCAAGGCUUGCGUUAUUGGAUUUCAAAUCUACCAGCCCCCCUAUGGCUGCAACCCUUUCUCCGGCCACCGGUGACGGAGACGCUCCAUCAGAUGGUGACGGUGUUGAUGUGGAGGUGGAUCUUGAUUUGUCCGUGCAAGACGUUACGGAUUUUGUCAAGAAAGGAUUUGCGCUGCUUCGGGAUAUUAGGAGUGACGUGUGUUCGUACUUGCCCGACGAUCUUGGCUUUGCCUCAGUCCCAAGCGGUCGUUCAUUGCGUGAGCGCCUCCCUCUUCCGGAACUACAUGUUCGUCACAAGUUAUCUAAACUCGGCGACUUCGAAAUGCCGGCCAUGCCAGCACUCGUUCCUUCAAUGGAGGAGAUCAAGUCUCGGUUGAAGGAUAUGUCUCCUACUGGGAUUGACCCGUUGUCCUAUGUCCCAAGGCUUAAGGCUCACCUUCAGCGAUUGCAUAUUCAUUUCCAAGAAUUUCCUCUUACUGGUCCAUCGGCAUAUACUGUUCCCCUACCGGGUUUAUCUCCACCUAAGGUUCUGUCUGACCUUCUGGCGGAACUUGUAGGAGAUACGGAGGAAGCGAUCCAGGAGGAUAUAAAGGUCGCACAGCGGGCGGAGGUGACUAUGCAUGAGCAAGUCAGGACGGCUCUCGAGAAGUCUGUGGAUGGGUGCUGCCUCAUACAAUACAAAGAUCUGCCGGACAAAUGGAGGAAUAAUGAAUACGUGGUUUCGGGUUACAGGUUCAUACCUUCAAGCAAAUGGCUAAGCCUUCUAUUUUCCAUCUUCCAAUUUCAUAACGAGACAUGCAAGUCAACGCAACUUUUUACACCGGUGAACAUUCACUCUCAUCUCCUGCCCUUGUUGACUUUAUCUUCCUUGGCUGUACCCUACAUUAUACCAGCCCCAUUUAGAGCUUUAGUGCCGAGUUGGGGUUCUUCGAACUUUCACUCUUUGUUCCCUACUCUUCUCCGUUCGGAUCCAACUUUAGACUUUGCACCUGCUACUUUUUUCACGCUUUCUGCGGCUCUUUGUCUUAUGUCCUCCGUAGUAUGGCACCUGUGCGCUGGCUGUUCCGAUGCUGCGGUCAUGGAGAGUGCAGCUCGAUUAGACUACAUCGGGAUAGGAUGGCUAAUAUCUGCCAGUGUACAGUCCGGAAUACAUUAUGGAUUUCAUUGCAAGCCGAAACUGCUGAGAUUCUACACUAUAUUGUGCUUCGUCACUGGUAUCGCUGGGACUUUUGUACCACUUCAACAAUGGUUCAAUGAACGUCGAUAUAAGAUAUACCGCGUUCUGUUUUACUUGGGUUUGUCCUUUGCGUCGCUGUUGCCGCUGACGCACUUGGCUCUCUCAAAGGGUCUAAUCGCAACAAUCCACGAAGUCUUGCCAUUGACACCCUCAUGGGGUUCCUACUUUGUCGGGCUGUUUUUCUAUGUCACGCACUUUCCGGAGCGUGCCUUUCCAGGAUGGUUUGAUUGGGGAAAUUCGCAUACGAUAUGGCAUAUGUUUAUUGUGUUGGCGAUUAGGCUUCAUUAUCUGGGAUUGGGGCAAUUGAGGGCUGGAGUAACCGCCUCUGGAGUGUCGUGUGUUGUAAAGUUAUAA